AUGGCGUUCCAUGCUCGUUCGACGUUCGGCGCUUCGCUGAAUGAUUCCUCUUGGGAGACAACGGAUCCUAAAAUCUCGGCCGAGGCGGACAAAUCACUUCAGGUUGUGCAGUAUCACCAUGGCAGGCCCAAGGGUGGUCCUAUGACCAAGCGUCGCAAGGGUAAGGCUCGAGGGCCGACCUCAAGGUUUGACGUGUUGAAGACUGAUAGGUCACCCAAAACCAUUAUCAAGAAAGACGCGCGUGGAAAGAUUGCCGGUACUUUGAACACUUUUGGUCUCCAUCAGACCGCCCGCGUGGCACGCACGAGCGAAGAAGAGCGUGCAACGAACAAUACGAGGAAGCUGGGGGCCUGCGAAAAGUGCAAAACCCUACGAAAAGGGUGUGUCAGGCCAGACGACCCGGUCGGCCUAUAUGAGCCUUGUGCCCGUUGCAAAACCUUGGUGCUCAAUUCCUACUUGAAGCAUGUGACAAAAGUUCAAUAUAAUCCGUGCUUACGAGUGUCUCUUCUCGAACUUCGUUUGCAUCGGAACGGUCCGACGACACGCGACGAUCUCUCGAUUUGGUUUAGCGAAAAGCACAGAAUUCUGCGUGAAGAACAGAUGGAUAAAUCCGAGCAUUUUCUGUUCCUCACGCAAUUCUUUGGGGAGGGUUACGACGACGCACUCCGCCUCAAAGUCUCCCGCUUUCGACCAGAGCCUAAGGAUAGGCUGGCCUAUUUUUGGACGGAUUCGUCUGGCCAAUUUAGAUUCAUGGAGAUGCCUCCAAUCUUCAUCAGCGACCUGGAAGAUGCACGCCAGGAGCUGCUUCGAUAUUUUAAGGUCGUUCGUCCAGUUUAUAUCGAGACACUCUUGGCCGACUCAAACCCUAUUGUGCACGAGACAUUCCAGACUGCUCUAUUAUUCGUUCCUUUCGGUCAGAGCGGACUAGUUUCAGACGCCUUGGACUUUUGGGUCGCGUCCCGCUUGAUUGAGGAGCAGUUCCGCGUAAUUAGUGGCGGCGUCAUGCUGGGGAUGGAGCAUGUGAACGAGGUUGGCCAUCCAUACAAUGGCUUCACGCCCGUGACACCGAUGAUGGACUCUCAGCUGGAUGACCUUGUUAUCCGCCAUCUUAUCCGUCCUAUCUGUACCCGGUUCCUCGCACGACUGAAAGAAAAGAUUGAGCAGUGCAAACGAGAGAAUUGGCUGGAAAUAUAUCUAGCAUUGUUCAUCAUGUUGUAUAACAUGGCGCUUAUUCAGAAAGACAUGGCUAUCCAAGCUGGGCGGAAAGGCCUGAAGCCAGGUAAUCGCGGAGGAACACUGACACAGUCUUACAUACAUGCAUGCAAAACCAUUCUGGCCUACUUUCACUUUGCCUGUGCCGGAUCGGUCCCCUUCUCGAUAGCCUUCGGGGAGUCGGAGGACGGAAAUGUCGGGAGAAGCUACCACGGAAUGACACAAGAUCAACUCAACUACAUGAGAAACAUCCAGCAAAAGAUGCGUCAGCAAAAACGAAGUGGACUAACCAUGGAACGCAUUCAGAAACGACGUUCGCUAACUGGAGCGAAGCUUCAAUGUACGAAAAUGAGCUUUAUUGGUGUAACCAACUCUUUGCACCAGACUGGCAAGGCGACAUCCCCUAUACAGCCGGGGAGAUUGACGAUUUCCCCUCGUGUGUUUCAUGCAACUUGCUUACUACGCCGGGAUGCGAUCAAGCCACUUAUUUUGACCGGUGAACCAUCCAAUAUGGGAUGCUUCAAGAACUGUGGGACAGAAUGGAGAUCCCUCCGUAGGAUGGAGGGUGGGUUAAAGGCCUGUGAGGUCGGCUUUACUCACCUUCUUUACACCGUGUCAAUGCAGGCACACGGCCUGGACUACGACUCUGCGAAUUUGUUCAAAGGCACUCCAUCUUGUCAGCAGACAAUUGACGGCCAAGCUGAGGAGCUUCUCCCAGGAUGGCCGUCCCGAUACACAAGCGAGCGAGUCUGGAGUGGCUCAGACAUGGCCCAGAAACAAGACAGAUGGAUAUAUGUUCUUUCCGAGCAAGACCAUGACUCUAUUAUCAAAGCCUUGCGACUUUUCCAGGGCCUCGGACUCGGGCCCGAGGCGCUGAGUCCUCAAUCUUUCCCUUUGCCACAAGAGCUCAGGGCUAGGCUGAGGGGCAUAUCGCGCGACUGUCACGAGGGCCGGGGUUUCGCAGUGCUGAGAGGGCUGCGUACGAAAGAAUUCACGGACAAAGAGAAUGUGCUGGUGUUCGGGGGCGUCUCUUCACACGUUGCUCCAACGCGAGGCUUCCAGGAUAUCAAACGCGAGUUGGUGACUUGUCAUGUAAUCAGCGAGGACACUCGGCCCGGGGCCGAGGACCAGCAACUUCGACCGGCAUUCACCAACGGGCGCCUGGCAUUUCACACUGAUCUUGGGGAUAUUCUUACCUUGUUCAACCUAGAUGUCUCAAGGAACGGUGGGAAGACCUUGAUAGCCAGCUCGUCUCAGGUCUAUAACAUCAUCGCAGCCUCGCGACCUGAUCUCCUCAAAGAGCUCGGAGAGAAAUGGGUCUAUUCAAACUCCAUGGACUACCACACAGACGGCACCCCACUUGUUCUGAACGCCGCCGGUGACCGCCUCAUCUUCCAAUACUCGCGCCUGCCGAUCACCGGCUUCCGUAACACAGGUGCCAACCCAAGCCUGCCUACCGUGUCGUCUCGGCGCCUAGAGGCCAUGGCGCUGGUCGAAGAGAUCGCCCUGGAGAACGCACUCCCGCUGCCCUGUGAGCACGGCGACAUAGCGUUCAUCAACAAUCUGUGCCUGAUGCAUGCGCGGACACCGUUUGACCUGGAUGCCGACGGCGCACCGCUGCCGUCUGCGCGGCAUGUCGUCAAGCUCAUGCUGCGCGACCCGGAGAUGGCGUGGGAGGUACCGCGGGAAUUGGACUGGCAGGUGGAGAGGGUGUAUGGGCCGAAUCGCGAGGACGGGAGCAGGAAGGAGAAGUGGCAUUUGAGCAUACAUGAUGAGAAGACUCCCGAGGGGAGGAUGUGGGCUGGGUCAGGGGCUAUGAGCAAUGGGUAG